GGCAGAUGGGUGGCACCAGGUGUGGGGAGGGGAUUGCUGAUCCUGUCCCGUUGACGCACGAGAAUGGCUCUGACCCGCUCCCCGUGGCGUCGUGCACCGCAGAAAUGGGCUUUGCUCACGGUGGGGACCCUGGGGCUGUGCUACCUGCUGUCCCCCACCUCGUCUUUGUGGCCUCACGCAGCCCCCAGCCCCGAACCCACCUCCAUUGCAGCCCCCGACGCCCUCCCAGCUCUGCCCAGCAUCACCCCGUGCGUGGCCAAUGCUUCAGUGCAGAACAUCCCUGGCUUUGCCAAACUGCCCGAGCAAUCCCAGGACUUCAUGCUCUACCAGCACUGCCGUGCCUUCCCGCAACUCCUCGACGUCCCCGGCAAAUGCGGGGGUCCCACAGCCUCCUCCAACAUCUUCCUCCUCCUGGCCAUCAAAUCCUCCCCGGCCAACUACGAACGGCGCGAGGCGAUCCGGAAGACGUGGGGUCAGCAGAGAACCUUGGAAGGGGCGCAGAUCCGGCGGCUGUUCCUGGUGGGGGUUUCCCCCGACGCGCGGAACGCGGCCAAACUGAACCGGCUGCUGUGGCACGAGCAGCACGAGCACCACGACGUGCUGCAGUGGGACUUCAGGGACACCUUCUUCAACCUGACGCUGAAGCUGCUGCUGUUUCACACCUGGCUGCAGGAGCGCUGCCCCGGCGCGCGCUUCGUCUUCAACGGGGACGACGAUGUCUUUGUCAACACGGACAACCUGGUGUCCUUUACGCGGGAUGUCCCGAGCGAGCAGCACUUGCUGGCUGGGCAGGUGUUGGCCGGCACGGGGCCCAUCCGGAAUCCAGGCAGCAAGUACUUUGUGCCGACGCAGCUGAUGCCAUCGGAGCUGUACCCACCGUACUGCAGUGGAGGAGGGGUGCUCAUGUCUGCCUUCACGGCGCGCACCAUCCACCGUGCGGCGCAGCACGUCGCACUCUUCCCCAUCGAUGACGUCUACGUGGGGAUGUGCUUGAAGAGAGCUGGGCUGGCCCCCAUCUCCCACGAUGGCAUCCGGCCCUGGGGGAUCUCCGUGCCCCGCUAUUCUGACCCGCUGGACCCCUGUUAUUACCGGGAGCUGCUGGUGGUGCACCGCUUUGCGCCCUAUGAGAUGGCUGUGAUGUGGCAGGCUCUCCGGGAGCCCCAGCUGCGCUGCGGGAGGAAGGUGCUCAUCUUCUAGGAUGGACCAGGAGGGUCAGCGUCACUGCUGCUGCUCCAAGGCUUGUGGGAUGCUGCUGUGAGGCUGAGCGUGGGGAGGUGCUGAGCCUCAGCUCCAACCGGUGGCUUCACCUCAGACAUCCUGCCCGGCUCUGCCCCAAAGCUGUGACUUGUGACCAGGGUCUCCUCUUGGUGCAAUAAAGGAACGCAG